UAAUUUGACAGCUGAAGUUUCUUUAUAGAUAAAAAUACGUCAAGAAACUGUGUCGUAUAAGUUGCAAUUAUAAUCAAGUAUUUAAUAGCGAAGUAAAUAAUGUCCGUAUAAUAACAGGUUAUAAAAAUAGAAAAAAAAAUGACAAAUUUGCAAGAAGUUCCAACAGACGAGCUGUUGUCAUUUCACGACUACCCAACUGUUCAUAGUGUUGGAAACAACACAACAAUACCGAUUUCAGAAUCGCAAAUUAAAGUAAAUGAUUUAAGUGGAAAUUUUCAACAGUCCCCAAACAAUCAAGGAGCUGGAAGUGCACCUAAUAUUGGGGACAAUGCAGAUCCUAGCACAACAAAAUCAUUUUGGACUCUAGAAUACUAUCAGAAAUUCUUUGAUGUAGACACAAGAGAUGUAGUCGAUAGAAUAUUCGCUUCCAUUACACCUAAAUGGGACAAUUCAUUGAAACACCAUCUGAGAACAAAGCCGGAUUUAUACGGCCCCUUCUGGAUAUCAGUUACCCUUAUAUUCACGAUAGCCAUCAGUGGUAAUAUCGCCAAUUAUCUCCACUAUGCCAAUACACAGUACCACUGGAAAUAUAAUUUUCACUUAGUAUCAUACGCUGCAACAACUAUUUGUUUGUACGUUACGUUAGUACCAUUUAUAUUGUGGGGCCUACUAAAAUGGAGUUCCCAGAUUAAUGACAUUGAAGGACUCGAGGAAAACGUAACCCCAGGAGCUUUGGAAUUAAUAUGCAUUUAUGGUUAUUCUUUAUUUAUUUAUAUCCCCGUUUCUGUUCUGUGGUCUAUACAAAUCAAUUUGUUGCAGUGGUUAUUGGUGUUAAUAGCAGCGUUUAUCUCAGGUUCGGUUCUGCUUUUAACUUUAAUGCCUGCUUUGAGGUUGUCAAGGCAUAAGCUGCUACUGAUGCUUGGUAUUAUAUCGUGUCAUUUAUUAUUAGCCAUAGGUUUCAUGUUGUACUUUUUCCAUGAUCCUAAUAACGUAAUUAGCACGGUUGCACCGCAUCUUGCCCCUAAAGAAGUAGUAGUCCCAAUUAAACCAACAAAUUCAUCUUAAACGUAUAAAUUUAUUUGUAUUAUAAUAUAACCAUGUUUUAGAAAUAUAUAAUAUACAAACUUA